AUGGAAGAACUGCAAGAGGAAAUCCGUCCCGACGACGUUUUUGUCGUUGUAGACGAGGUCGUGGGAGCCGAGGUUACCGAGGAGAACGCUUAUCACGAGGAGGCGCUGGCACCAAAAGAUACGAGCGAGACAAGACGUCUCAACGAGGAGAUAUUACGUGUUCUCACCGAAAAAAAGGGACCUGGAGCGACGGAUUCACGAGAUGGCGAACGAGAAGACUUGCCCUCGCCGCAGAUUUGA